AAAGCUAUUUCAAUGUGUGUUGUCCUAAUAAAGAAAACACCUAGCUUAUACAAAACUUCGAGUAGUAAGUGGUUGAAUAAAUUUCAGCUCAGCAUGUAGGUGCUUCCUUCAACUUCCGGCGUCACGCUCAGGCGUGGAAUUCACACAGAUGUUGGUUUGGUUUCUUGGAGUGUGCUUUGCCAGGGAUAACAAUGUUGAGGAAGAGAACUCUUAAGAUUGUGAAAGAACUUGAUGCUUUUCCUAAAGUCCCUAAGGACUAUGCAGAAACAGGCAGCAGUGGAGGGGGAGCUGUGUCCAUCUUGAUCUUCCUGGUGAUGGCAGCUCUAGUUGUCUCAGAAAUCAUGAACUACGUCAGCACAGAGAUGCACUUCAAUUAUGAAGUUGAUGCUCAGAUAGACAGAAAAUUGAAGAUCAAUGUUGAUAUCACAGUUGCUAUGGCUUGUGAUGCACUGGGGGCAGACAUAGUAGAACUGACUGACCAAGGUUCCCACACAGAAGUCGAGGGUCAGUUAGAGCAGGACCCUGUCCACUUUGAGCUCAGUGACAGACAGAGGCAGUACUUUGCCACUAUACAACAUGUGAACACAUAUCUGCGCAAUCAAUACCAUGCUAUCCAGGCUGUGCUUUGGAAGUCAGGGUAUUCAGGCAUGGGAGUAGAAAUGCCAAGAGGUCCAUUAGAAAGUGUUCCAGGAGAAGCAAAGGCUUGCAGACUCCAUGGUUCCAUAUAUGUCAACAAAGUCUCAGGGAAUUUCCAUAUAACUGCAGGGAAAAGUAUUCCUCACCCAAGAGGUCAUGUCCACCUCACAGACUCCAUAUACAGGGAAGAUCACAACUUCUCCCACAGGAUAGAGAGGCUGUCUUUUGGUGAAGUUGGUCCAGGAGUUGUCAGCCCACUGGAUGGGGAUGAAGUUCUGACCACAGAACCUUACAAAAUGUUUCAGUAUUUCAUCCAAAUAGUCCCGACAAAGGUGCGAACACUUGCUCACAGCGUAGAUACAUACCAGUUUUCUGUCACCACACUUAACCGCACCAUAGACCACAGUCUACCUGGACAUGGAGGCGGAGGAGCUCCUGGGAUUUUCUUUAAGUACAAAUUCUCUCCUUUAACUGUGAUUGGUACCGAGGAGCGUAAAUCAGUCUGGAAGUUCACAGUGAGGCUGUGUGGCAUUGUGGGAGGAAUCUUCAGCACGGCAGGUCUGCUUCAGAGACUUUGUGGCUAUGUGACAAAUCUCUUGCUUGGCCACUUUUCCAAACAACAACAUUCCUCAUCCUAGGUUUAUACAGGAUUAUCCUUGCAUAAUGGGGCAUGAAAUGUAUGCAGAUUUAAAUUUUAAACGUUCAAUCUGGUUCUCUGUACACAUGUAGGUUUUGGCUGGCUUGUAUAUGCCAGUAGAUAAAGCCAGCUUUGAUCCUUUCCUUCCAGCUGCACCUCAGAAUAAUCUGCUCCCAGUCAAAUAAGGGGAUUUUUGAUUGUUUUUUGACU